GCCUCCGCCGCGGGGAGGCGGCGGGGCGGGCGCCCGCCCUCAGCGUCGGCGCGCAGGAGGCCGGCGGGGCCGGUGCUGGGCGCUGGAGCCGCCGCGGCGGCGGCGGGAAGAUGGAUGCGCCGCGCUCGUCCCUCGCCGCUCGGCAUCCUCCCCUGGCCGCGGCACGGGCUUCCAAAGCAGCUGAGUCCAAGACCUUAAGGAAUGUCAUGCAGUAGGUGCUGAACUAACUGGCACUGAAAGGAACAGAAAAAGAUGGCAGUCCGUAUUUGAAAUAAACACGUGGACUCUCGCUGAUAAGAAACCAUGUCAAAAAAAGGACGUAGUAAGGGCGAAAAGCCUGAGGCACUGAUUGUUGCCCUACAGGCUGCCAAUGAGGAACUCAGGACCAAGCUAACAGACAUUCAAAUCGAGCUGCAUCAGGAGAAAUCUAAGGUUGCUAAACUUGAAAGAGAGAAGACUCAAGAAACUAAGCGUAUCCGUGAGGUGGAGCAGCGCAAGCAGACCGUGCAGAUCACGGAGCUAAAAGCCAAACUCCAUGAGGAGAAAAUGAAGGAGCUGCAGGCCGUGAGGGAGAACCUCAUCAAACAGCAUGAGCAGGAGAUGACGCGGAUGGUCAAAGUCCGAGACAGCGAAAUCCAGCGCCUCAAGUCAGCGCUGUGUGCGCUGCGGGAUGGGAGCAGUGAUAAAGUAAGGACAGCACUGACUAUUGAGGCUCGUGAAGAGGCCAGAAAACAGUUUGACUCUGAGCGCCUUAAGCUUCUGCAGGAAAUUACUGAACUGAAGUCUGCCAAAAAGCAGGUGGAUGAGGCCCUUAACAACAUGAUUCAAGCUGAUAAGAUCAAGGCAGGGGAUCUUCGGAGUGAGCAUCAGUCCCACCAGGAAGCCAUUUCCAAGAUCAAAUGGGAGAGUGAAAGGGAUAUCCGUCGCCUGAUGGACGAGAUUAAGGCUAAAGACAGGAUCAUAUUUUCCUUGGAGAAAGAACUGGAGACACAGACAGGCUAUGUGCAGAAGCUGCAGCUGCAGAAGGAAGCUCUGGAUGAACAGCUCUUCUUGGUGAAGGAGGCAGAGUGUAACAUGAGCAGUCCCAAGAGAGAGAUCCCAGGAAGAGCUGGAGACGGUUCGGAGCACUGCAGCAGCCCUGACUUGCGCAGAAACCAGAAGAGGAUAGCAGAACUGAAUGCCACAAUCCGAAAGCUGGAAGACAGGAACACGUUGCUUGUUGAUGAACGAAACGAACUGUUGAAGCGUGUCCGAGAAGCUGAGAAACAAUGUAAACCUCUUCUGGAAAAGAACAAGUGCCUCACGAAGAGAAAUGAUGAACUUAUGCAGUCAUUGCAGCGCAUGGAAGAUAAACUCAAAGCAGUCACUAAAGAAAACAUAGAAAUGAGAGAAAAAAUGACAUCACAUCCUCCUCUAAAGAAACUAAGAUCUCUCAAUGACCUGGAUCAGGCUAAUGAGGAACAAGAAACUGAAUUCUUAAAGCUUCAGGUCAUAGAACAACAGAAUAUAAUUGAUGAGUUAACAAGGGACAGGGAGAAACUCAUUCGUCGCAGAAAGCAUAAAAGGAGCUCAAAGCCAAUUAAGAGACAUGUGGUGGAUACAGUUUUUGGGUAUGAUGAUGAUUCCAUGGACUCUGAAACAUCCUCUGUGGCCUCAUAUAGAACAGACAGAACACCAGCAACCCCAGAUGAUGAUCUGGAUGAGGGUUUAGCAGCAGAAGAAUCAGAGCUGCGGUUUCGACAGCUGACAAAGGAGUACCAGGCCCUGCAGAGAGCGUAUGCACUGCUGCAGGAGCAGACAGGAGGCAUCAUAGAUGCUGAAAGAGAAGCCAAGGCUCAGGAGCAGCUCCAAGCUGAAGUCCAGAGAUAUAAAGCCAAAAUAGAAGAUCUGGAGAAAACUCUGGCACAGAAAGGGCAGGACUCACACUGGGUGGAAGACAAACAGCUUUUCAUUAAGAGGAACCAAGAGCUUUUAGACAAGAUAGAGAAACUGGAAGCAGAAAACAACCGUCUGCAACAGGAGCUGCAGGAUGCCCGAGACCAGAAUGAGCUGUUGGAGUUCCGCAACCUUGAGUUGGAGGAAAGAGAGAGACGGUCCCCACCAUUUAAUCUCCAGAUUCACCCAUUUUCCGAUGGUGUGAGUGCUCUACAGAUCUACUGCAUGAAGGAAGGGGUUAAGGAUGUCAGCAUCCCAGACCUCAUAAAGCAGUUAGACAUCCUAGGUGAUAAUGGGAAUUUAAGAAAUGAAGAACAAGUGGCCAUAAUUCAGGCUUCCACUGUGUUGUCCUUGGCAGAAAAGUGGAUCCAGCAGAUUGAGGGAGCUGAAGCAGCUCUGCAUCAGAAGAUGAUGGAACUGGAAAGUGAUAUGGAGCAAUUUUGCAAAAUAAAAGGUUAUUUGGAGGAAGAAUUAGACUACAGGAAGCAAGCUCUUGACCAAGCAUACAUGAGGAUCCAGGAGCUUGAAGCCACCUUGUACAAUGCUUUGCAGCAAGAAACGGUGAUAAAGUUUGGGGAGCUACUCACUGAAAAACAGCAGGAAGAGCUGAGGACAGCAGUAGAAAAGCUAAGACGUCAGAUGUUGAGGAAAAGCAGAGAAUAUGAUUGCCAGAUUCUUCAGGAGAGGAUGGAGCUGCUCCAGCAGGCUCAUCAGAGGAUCCGAGAUUUAGAAGAUAAAACUGACAUUCAAAAGAGACAAAUUAAGGAUCUGGAGGAAAAGUUUCUAUUUCUAUUCUUGUUCUUCUCUCUUGCCUUUAUUCUUUGGCCUUGAUGUCAUUGUGCCUCUUGGAAAGAGUGCCCGACCACACAGAUAAGUCCUUAUAAAGGCAAAUGCUUCCACCCCCCUGAUGAAGAGAACAUUGUUUACACCUAUUUUAAAAAGUAUAAAAAUGAACAACCUGUAGCCAAGACUGCAAUCACCUUGUAUUUUAAAGCCAUCACUCAAGAUUUGUUACUGGACAGUUCCUGUCUAAAGCUAUGAUAUAUGCUGCAUCUAAUGAAAUUCUAUAUGUUGAAAUUAUAAAAUGGGAAGAAAAACAAACUGUGAACUUACAUUUCUUAGGAAGAACUUAAAGGGAAGGAGCCGCUUUCAGCUGAUCAAGUCAGUGUGUCUUGGGCAUGGAACCAGAGUUACAACAGAAGAAUCCCUGCUGUGCAGGGCAAUUGUUUAAACGUGACACUGUCAUCUAUGAAUGGGUCAAAAGUUAACAGGACAGAGCAGGAGAAACACGAGCUGUGGAGAGAUGCUGACAACAAAGCAUUCAGUUUGAACUGUCUGGCUUUCUCGCUGCAGGGACUCCUUCUCUCCCUCUUUGGUUUUAACCUCAGGAACAAAUGACAGCUGCAAUGUGGGGGGAAGAAAGGAAAAACGCAAUCUGGUUUAUUGCAGGAUGGGCAGGACAGGGCACCAUGUUUUGCACUUGAGAUCAUAAUAAAGUACCGCUCUACUCGGCAAAGGAAGGGAAGAAGAGGGUGUCUGGUGUAAGGAGGAUUUCUGACAGAGUUGUAGCCUUAUCUCUUUUCACCCUCCCUCCUUGAAGAACAGCCUCUCUAUUGUCGGAUACUUUUCAUGCUCUUUAAAGACUGCCAUUGAGAUAAUGACUAUACUUGGGCUUACUAUUUGAAUAAUACACAGAGAAUCACUGGAAUGGACUUACAGAGUAACUUCUGAGAAAGAAAUAUGUUGGAGGACAGAGGGGAAAAAACCCAACCCCCUUCUCCGUGUGGUACGAUCAACAAAGCGUCAGCUUCCAACUGUUUUGUCCCAGCUUGGAACGAAUGUUUUGGUUUGGCUUGUCAGACUGACUUUGUGAGCUGGCUUCCUGAUCAGUGACACAUACACCAAAAAUGGGGAAAAGCUGUGUGAACACAUCCCUGUUAGAAGUAAGAAGUAUCACUAGUCUGUUUAGAUUUUUCCACAGUUAAGAAUAACUAGAAGUAGUUUGCAUUCAAAGUGUUACUUACCUCUCUACUCACAAAGCCCGGAACCCAGUCCCGGCGUCUCCCAAGGCACCACAGGCCCAUGCCCCUGGGGUCAGUAAGCAGGGAACCCUGAGGAGUGUCACAGCUGCAGCACAUGCUGCGAAGGUGCCGUGCCUGCUGGGAGCAAAGCAGCCAGCUGCACCCACCUCCCCGUUUCUCACUGAUGUGCUGUGUGAGCUAGGUACGACAAUGUACUGCUCUGCGCCUCUGUUUUCAUUUCCCUGGAAAUGGAGUCAUGUCCGUUCAGACUUCAGGUUCCUGUGGCAAGGCUCUUUAUUUGAGCUGUGUCCUCCAUGAUGGAGCCUUAAUUUUAGCUGGGAGAAAUGGAUGCCUGUGUUACAAAAUAGAAAACUGAGGGCCAGAAUACAGCCUGUGCGUUACUUGACCUUCAAAACAGAGCUCAAGUGUACCAUCUUACGCACACAGACUUUGCCCAUCAGAAGCUUUAAAAGUGCUUUACAAAGAGUCUCUCCUUUGCUUGUUUAUUUUUACAGAUGAAGCAACUGAGGCACAAAUCAGUGAAGGAACUUGCCACAGCAACUCUGCAGGUCAAAAGCAGUUCCUCAGCCGUAGGAGGGAUGAAGUUCCUCUAGUAUCGAGGAUGCCUGCCCCUCACCGAUGUGAUUUGGCCAGAAUAGCUUUUAAUUAUUAAUGUCCAUUCACCCAACUGGAUUGCAAUGCUGGGCUCCAUUUCUCCACAAAGACUCCUAUCAUCCUCAUUUCUUGCAUGCCCUGAGAUUGUUUUAGGCCUUUCAUCAAAGGUUGGAAGCUACAAGCAAGUUAUUUUUUUCCUGCUCCUUAAAAUUCAUUUAAAUUACAGAAUGACCCCAUCUCCUUGAAGCAGUGUGUUUCAGUCGGGGGGUUUACUGAAUUCUGCACCAGCUGUAUGCUUGUCGGUUCAUUUUUUUAAAAACAGGCUUGUAGGCAGGUAUGUUAAAUGAAUACAGGUAUGUUGCAUGCUCUUUGUUCAAAUUCUUCCUUCCCCCUCCCCCCCGCAGAAGAAUCUGUGGAUAAGGCUCACCUAAACCUACACGUACUUUCCAAGAGUGCUGCUAGCAGUUCUGUCCCGAAGCUCUGGAGUCAGGCUCUUUGAGAGUCUCGUCCCACACCUGUGACACCUUGAGAUCACUAAGCAACCUUACAACAUCUUGUUAGUCUCAAAAAGGAGGGUUUCCUCUCUGGUUAUUCCCUCUUCCCCCCCUCACUCUUUUUUUCCCCCUGUUGCAGCACCAGUUCAUUUCACACCACUUGGCUGCAGUGUGCUGCAAGUAAACAUAGGCUGGAAUCUGUUUUCCCUAGCAUUAGGGCCAGCAAUUAAAACAUUGAGCUCUUCUUGUGGAAUAAUGAGCAGCACCUGUUUCCCAUGAUGGUGCAGUAACUUCCGCCUCUGCUUUGGUUAAAAAAAAAAAAAAACCAACAACAAAAAAAGGAGGACUAGAAAUGUUUGUUUCAGGCAGUCACAGGGAGGGUUCAUGGCACAGACAGAAAUAUCUAGUUUCAAAACACACCUGAUCUGGUGGCCGGCUUCAUCGUUUAGGGCCCGUGAGCCGUGUUGCGCACAUCUUAUUUCUCUCUUUUGCUUCAUUUCCCCUCCCUUACUCUCACGUAUACAUAUGCAUGCAGGUGCUCCAUUUCCAAGGGCUCGGUGCGGGGUGGAGGGCGGUAGACAGUCCUCAGCUUAUCUUGGUCUGCAAACUUUUAAAAGAUUGCUCUAGUCCCUCCGGAGAGCUGAACAACAGCUGCUUUCAUCUCCUUGCAGCAUAAGCCGUGCCUAAAACACACUUGCUGAUAAGAGUAAUACAAACUUUCUGCUGUCAGCUAGGUCAAAAUGAGUUUGAUGUUUGUGUAUAUAUAUAUACACAUGUAUCUAUAUAUAUAUGUAUAUGUACAUAUAUAUACAUAUAUAUAUGCAUAUAUCUAUGUAUUCCCUGUUGUAUAUAGUAAAUUGUUGCUAUAGCUUAUGAAAGUAUACUUCCAAUCUGGGUAUGGGGAACUGAAUCUAGACUUGUUUGGCUGCCACAACUGGUACACUCCUUGUGGUUUAGUUUUACACCUUGUGGGCAACUAGCUUCUGGACCUAUUUUUCUGGGGUCGCCCCCCUGCUCUGCUAUGAAGCUGUUUAUCCAGGGCUUUCUGCUGUUCCUGACGUUCGCUGAGGCGAAGUAUUGAGAGUCCUCCCUCAAACUAGUCACUGUAGCCAACCUCCCCUCCCCAAAGCCAACCAGCAAGAUAAAAACAAUUUGUGCAGCCUUUAAGGAUGGCAGAUAUAGCCCUGGAUUCCUCCCAUCCAUCCGUCCUAGGCUGUAGCAGGACUACCAGCACUCCAGGCUACCCACACCAUCAAAGCAGUAGAUGAGCCCCGUCAUGUAGCGCAAGUCAGCUUGACCAAAAUCUGACCUGCUGCUUUUCCUCCACAGACCAAGUCAGGAAAUUUUGAAGACUGCUCUUUCAGUUUAAGCACUUCAGAUGAGGGCCUAGUUAGGUGAGAUUAAUUUAGGCAGUUGGGGUUGCAGAAAGAAACAGGGCUCCUUGCAGUAUCAUCACCCUGGCUCACAGCCCCAUCCUCUCCUGUUGAUGUGCCUGGAGGACCAUGGAGACUUGUUUGUAGAUGUGCUUAAUUUUCCAGCUCCCUGCCCUUACCUCAGCGGGAAACAUCCUCUGGAGCCCCAAAGCUUUCCGUUCCAUGGCGCCCUGUGAGGACUGAAGAGGCCGCGCUCUCCUCGCUAGGGCACGGUUCAAUAAACAGCCACACAGUUGCUGGUGAUUCAAAGGGUUUUUUCUUUUCCCCUGCCCUCCUUCACUUCAGCACCUGUGUGUUUUUAUAUAUACACUUUUUGUUCCCAACUUUUUUGGUGUCUAUUCCAGAAGAGAAUUGUAAAUGACUUAGCAGAACAACCCUUUGAUAAACACUGGACAUGUAUCUGUACUAUAUGUAUUAACGUGUAGAAGAGAAUCCUUAUUGUAUGUAAAGUUUUAUGAAUGGUUAUUUUUUAAUUUAUGUAUUUAAUAUAGGAUUCAAUGACCUCUGGUGUUUUAGUUUGUAUAAAAAAAAUAAAA